CUCAGUUUGGUCCAUUGAAAUCGUAUCAAAACCUUCAACAAACACUCCAAUCCCACGAAGGCGGCGAUGCCUGGCGACGAUUUCUCGGUGGUGGUUCUGGCGUCGGAUCUCGCCGUUGACGCCAGACCCUUCUUGUCCCAUAAAGACCAUGAAGAAGAAGAGGACAGCUGGCACGAUUGUUCCCAAUACCUCUCCCCCGACGAAGACUUCUCCGAUCUCGAUCAGUUGCAGUUUCUCCGCCGUCAGGGCUCCGACAAGAACGGACAUCCCAUCCUCCGUAUCGUCGGCAAGUACUACCCUGCCACGGUUGUGAGCCCAGAGCGACUGAAGAGGUAUGUUCUCCACAAAAUUUGCAGCGAGAUGCAAGAAGGGCCCUUCUGUGUUGUAUACAUGAAUAGCACUGUUCAACAGGAGGACAACUCCCCUGGCAUAACCAUCUUGAGGUGGAUUUACGAAGAACUUCCUGCUGAUUUUAAGGAUAGGCUUCAAACCGUGUAUUUUAUCCACCCCGGGCUUCGUUCUAGGAUAGUCAUUGCUACAUUUGGCCGGUUUUUCUUGAGUGGAGGAUUGUAUUGGAAGAUCAAGUAUGUAAGCCGGCUUCAAUAUCUUUGGGAUGAUAUUAAGAAAGGAGAGAUUGAGAUUCCGGAAUUUGUAAAGAGCCAUGAUGAUGUUCUGGAGCAUAGACCACUCACAGAUUACGGCAUUGAGCCUGAUCCUUUUCAACUCACUGGGAUUCCUUCUUCCAGCUUUUCAUUCGGCAAGUAUGAGGAGAGAUGGGCAGGAAGGGACUAUGUGUCUUAGGGCUUGCUUGCGAGUUUGGACUUCAAGAAACCAAGAUAUGGAAGGGAAGGGUUUCAAACCUGGCAUGGUUAUUGCUUAAUCAUCAAACUUUGUACAGCGUAGCUCUGGUGAUUUUGUGCUCAUGUAGUUGUUACUUAAAUGUGAUUUUGGGUAUUUGCUGUGUCAAACCCUAAUAUGACUAUAUGUUCUGCAUAUGAAUAGAAACUUACAGUAUAUUAAAUUAUUAAUACACCGAAUUACAAAA